UUGGCGUUGCCCGAUUUCGCAGUAAUAGAAGGCUACGGAGCUUCUACCUUAUUGGAGAUGCGUCACGCUUGUAGCCGGACCUGGCCCCUGCUGUCCUUUCGCUGUGCGCGUCUCGGAUUCAUAACCAGCUGCCAGAGUCGUCACCACAUGCGUCCUUUUCUUCGUCGAUUUUGGAGUGAAGAGCAGUUGUUCGCAUUCUGUGGAGGCGCUCUUACUCUGAAAUUACCACGAUUCUUCGUUGCAGCUCAGUCGUGAAACGCACCGAAUAUCUCAUCUCAGUAUUUGAGUUAUGGGUAGUGUAGAAGAAGUGGAGGAGAAUGUAGUAGAAGUCUCGGAUUUGGAGUUCGCUUAUGGAGGCCAAGCACCCUUCAUCAGCAAGUUCUCACUUAAGCUCAAGCGCGGAUCUCGGUGUCUCCUCAUUGGUGCCAAUGGAGCCGGCAAAACGACUCUGCUGAGAAUUUUAGCCGGGAAACACUUGGUGGGAGGCAAGAAUGUGGUGCGUGUCUUGGGUCGCUCUGCCUUUCAUGAUACAGCUCUGACAUGCUCGGGUCAGUUGGCUUACUUGGGUGGAUCUUGGAGCCGAACCGUUGGCUGUGCGGGUGAGAUUCCUUUGCAAGGUGACUUCUCGGCUGAGCACAUGAUUUUUGGAGUGGAGAACGUAGAUGAGGCAAGACGAGCCCGUUUAAUUGAGCUCCUGGAUAUCGAUCUUCGUUGGCGAAUGCACAAAGUUUCCGACGGACAACGUCGUCGAGUUCAGAUUUGCAUGGGGUUGUUGCACCCUUUCCAGGUCUUACUUCUGGAUGAAAUUACCGUGGAUCUCGAUGUUGUUGCUCGCAUGGACUUACUUGCUUUCUUUGUAGAUGAAUGUAAUGAGAGAGGAGCCACUCUGGUUUAUGCAACACACAUUUUUGAUGGUCUGGAAACGUGGGCCACAGAUAUAGCAUACGUAGAGGAUGGAAAGCUGAAGAGGGCGCAACCAAUCAAGGAGCUUCAAGAGUUGUUACCUCCAAGUAAAGCGAAAAAUUUGAUUCAAGUAGUAGAACCCUGGCUCAGAACAGAGCGCGAAGAGAGGGAGAAGAAAGGUCCAGUUACACAAGCCAAAGUGGGUACAGUUACACGCCCUGCUGAUGUGUCUCCAUUCACUUCCAGUCGCCAAAUGGCCUACUAUAGGUGAUGCCCUUCUCGUUGGGCCCCUUUCGAGUUCGCCCCUCCCUUUUGUUGAGUAGCGGGAUGCACUGAGUGGCAUUCGCUUUAUUUACAUAAAGAAGUUCAAUGUAGCAAGGGAUUUUAUUAAAGGUGUUACUGGGUAGUUGGAGGAUUUGGGGCGUCCUCUAAAGUUGGUUGAUAGGAUUGAUAUGGAUUCUGCUUGCAUAAGUUGUUAUGUCCAGCUUCAUUAUUGAAGAAAACAGCUUCCAUCGCGAGAUGUAUGAUGGGGUUGUUUUCGAGUAGUAUGUGAAAGGUACAUCACAGGUAUGUAAAUCGAGCCUUCAUGACAGGUUCACAACCAUGGUUCAAGUACCUAGCAGAACAAGAACAGAGCCUUUUCUCUGGCGCUCCCGUAGGAUACUAGCAUCAUUGUUGGGUAUAUUGAUUUACUAUAAUUGCCAUCUGCCCGUGGAGGGUACAUUUUUUGCUA